AUCACAACAUUGUUGCGUCCCCGAGCAACAUACAAGACCUCAACACCGAUACCGACAGCGGCAACAACAACAAUUCAUCCAUAUUUGAAUGUAACCAACAGUCAAGAUAUCACUUCAGAUAUUGUGGUGUAUGCAGCUAAACCUUGCAACGCAAACGACAGUGAAAUACCCAGCAAGGAAUCAACCUCUUCACAUUUCGAAUUUUCAGAAGGUGACACAACAACCACAACAACAAUAAAUAAUAUUGAAUUAAUACCAACAUUAGAAUUUAUAAGUCAUACACCAGCAGCAUCAUCAUCAUCGAAAACCCUCUCGUGUGAACAUUUGCAACAAUGUCUGCCGGGUUGCUGUGCCGCCCAUCAUGAACAAUCACCACCAGCGGAACAAUUGUUGCAGCAACACAACGAUACGGCAGCAGAAUCACGCCUAACAUUUACCAUUGAAAAGCCAGCAGAGAGUGAAAGUGAAGAACAGAAACAACAACAUCAAGUAGCCAACGAUUCCCCCUGCUCCCUGGAUACCAUAGAACUUUUACAGCAGGAGGUCGUGCCACCAGUAAGUCUAAGCGACACAGCUUCAUUAUCGACAUAUUUCGAUGAGCCAACCAGCUCCAUUACAAUUGAUAUAAUGGAGGGCUCUCAAAAAACCACAACAACGACUGCGGCCACCACCACACCAGCAACAACAACAUCUUCAGCACAAUCGGCUGCCAUUAGCCGAUCUAACAACACCACCAGCCAGAGUAAUGUGCCACAACGAAGUUCGACAAAUCUUCUUUCUAGUCUAAGUGAUGAACCCAGCGAUGAAAUUGAAGAAGAAAUCGAGGAGGCUCUAGAGGAGAUUAGUGAUGAACAGGUGGAUUCCUUAGAUUCUCUACCAGGGCCAAGUAAACAACCACCACCUCUUUCCCAAAAAAGCGAACAACAAAUGUUUGGCAUUGAUCUCUCCGAUUUAUCAAGUAUUGGAAAUUCGGAAAAACUAUCAUCGGGAAAGAGUAAAAAAAGUUCUCCAAGUGAUGAGGGUCAAUUUAAAAUCGACGACGAUCAGUUAUCGGGCGGUAAAUUAGCCCAACAUUUUGUUUUGGAGGACAGUGAUGAAGUAUCGUUGGGUCUACCACAAGAUAAACAUGAAAUUCGUUCAGUACCACAAUCGGAGGAACGGAGUGCCAGUCUUGGACUGGAGGAGGAGAAUAACCACGCGGAACAGAGUUUAAGUAAUCAAAGUACCUCACAUGAUGUUUCCGAAUUGCAAGAAGAACCUGUGGAAGAGCCUGAAUCGUUAGUGUCGGAUGGAGAUUAUCCCUUGUCGUUGCCGGAGGGGGCUGGAGGGGAGAGUAAUAAAGACAUAUCCAAAAGCGUUCCAAAGUCGGACGCCCUGCAAAGUCUUCAAAGUGACCAGGAAAAAUUGGAGAACCUGGAAAAAGAAAAAGAACAACUCAAAGCCAAUGUUGACCCCCAACACCCAACAGAAAAUGUGAAACCAAAUCCCGUAAAAAUCUUAGAACCCUUGACGAACAUUGCAAGACCCGCUCACUCUGAAUCGUCGUCGCAAAAAAUGCUACUAAAACCCUUGGCCACGGUUACGGCAACCAAAAAAUCAUCCUUACCCGAAUUAUUUGAAAAUCCCGAUAUAAAACCCCUGUCCGGCUCCUCAUCGAAUUACAGUGAAAAGGAUCAAUCAAUGGAAGAGAUGAUGGCCUCAAAUCCGUCAUUGGAAAUAACCCUAGACGACCAUGAAAUUAGCUCUCUGAAUCCCAGUUAUAUUGACAACAACAAAACAUUGAUUGAUGAUUUGUUGUUGGAACAAAGUGCGGAUAAAGAAAACCAGGAUCCGAAAGAGGAUAAGUCCACUUCGCUGGAAAUGGGGUCUCGAAAGAGUUUGAAAAUCGAAGAAUCCAAGGAAACAAGUCUCAAUUAUGCAACCGAAGAUUUUGUUAAGCCUGCAGAUUUCCAACAAGUUGAAAGUUGUGGGGUCCUAGUGGUGGAACCCUCGCCACCCAUAGAAAUUGUUACCGAUUUGGAUGAAAGCCUGCCCGAUAAUCCAGAGAAGCCAUUAACCUCCACUAAAAUCGAUGAUGAUUUGGAUCAGACACUGAAAACUGAAAUUGGUGCAGCCAAAGGAGGCAAUACAAUGAUGGACUCAACGGAAGAGGAAGAUGAUGAAGAGGAGACCGAUUUGAAAUUGAUGAAAUGUCGAAUUAUGGCAAUGAGGGAGAACAUUCUAUCAUCGGCAGAGGUGUCCACAUCUCCCGCAACCGUGAGCGGAGAUGUUAACUCUCAACAACCCAAAGCCAUGGAACGUGUUUCUUUGGUGGAAUUUGCCAAAGAUGUCCUCGAGGAUAUAACGGAGGAGAGUGAACGUAAUUCCUUAUCCACCCAGGAGGAACAACAAUCCUUGGCAGCAUUGGCCAGCAAAUUGGAGGCUCAAGCCAAACAAAAUGAAAUGGAAUGCAAUUCGAAUGAGGCCACUUCUACCAGUAAUUCGGCAGUUAGCCUUAAUAUGAUACAAAUGUUGGAACAGAAGGUGGGAGAACUGCAACAAAUGUUGGCCACCAAAGAUGCCUGUUUGGCUUCACUAAAUAUGCAACUGGAAAAUAUGUCCCGCAGAGAAUCAAGCGAACAAUUGGGUUCGGUGUCGGGUAGGGAAACCAGUUCAUUGGCCACUAACUCAACGGAAUAUAGGACCCUACAGGAAGAUUUUGGGCAACAGACCAUGGAUAUCUAUGUGGAGCUAACCAAACGUGAUGAAUUAAUUGCCAAACUAACGGAAUCCCUUCAGCAAUCCUUGACCAUACGGGAGAAUCUGCAAACUGAAAGUGAAAAACUAGCCACCGAAGUUCAACUACUUCGCAAACAACUAACCGAUGCCAUGGACACGCUGAAACGCCCCUCCUGGCCCCGAGCCGAUCAGGAAAGCAAUUUCGGACAACGUAUCUCGGAAAUUUCUAUGGAUCUUGUUAGUGAAAGUGAUGAUGAUUUCGAGCGGCAUUAUUUUACCGACAACGAAGAGAAAUUCUCACGCAAUUCCCGAGAACGUCAACUCUCAAUGCCACGACAAUUUGAUUAUAUGCCAAAUGAACCGGAAAUCAUUUCCACUCCCUUCAACAAACAAAUUGAACAAUUUCAAAAAUAUUUAACACCCAGUGAAGUGCGUCUCUUUUUUAUGGUUCAAAAGAAAUUCGAUGAUUAUCUAUGUCAAGAAUUAGAAAAGCUGCGAAUGAAAAGUGAACAGGAGCUAAAAAUUGUUAUGGAUCAAUGGGAGACGGAAAAGCGUGAAAAAGACGAAGAGAUACAACGUCUUUUGUUGCAGCGGCAGGAACGUGAACUCAAACAUAAUCAAGAAAUGGAAGAUUUGAGGAAAUAUUUUGAAGCCAAAUGUGCGGAAUUGGAGAAACAAUUCUCCGAUGAUGUCUUUUCACAAAAAUCCCAGCGGCAAGGUUUGUCCUCACCUGAAUCAUCAGACCAGGAGCAAUUGUCACUCGAUUAUAAAUCACCAACACUGCCAAGGUCCAAAGAAACCUCACCACGUAAACGUUAUAGGGCUGAGCUACUAUUAAGUCCCUCACAUCGACAAAUGACACCCGGCAAUGAUGGUGUCAGCGAGGAGGUAACGGCAAAUGAAGGAUCACAGUUGGCCUUGGAAAUAACCGAAUUGAAAACAUUUUAUCAAAAUAAAAUCCAUGAAAUUCAACGUUCCCAGGAAGAGAACAUCAAGAAAUUAAGUGAUCGUUUGAAAUAUUAUGAAUCACGUUAUCCAGAAGAUGAAUUUGUGGCUACAAAUAAAAAUUCCACACUCAAUUCGACACAAGAAAGUUCAGUCAAUACUGAAGAUAUGACUCUAAUGACAGUACGUCAUGUUAAUGAUUCUCGGGAUCAAGAUGUGAGUCCUGAGGAUGUGGAGAAAAACGCCACCAUUAAAGAGGCCAAUGUCAGUGAUGUAAAUACUUCAUCAUCGCCAAGUGCACAAAAUAACAAUAAUAACAACACCUCAUUAAUCAUUAUCGAUACGGAUGAACUGAUGACCGCUGCAAAUAAUGAAACCCAAAUCAUACAAAAAAUAAUCGAUGAAUACGAGCGUCGUUUACAGGAACAGGUGACAUUGGCUCGCGAGGAUAUUGUACAUGAGUUGGAACAACAAAUACAG